AUGUCUGUUGAUCUUGAAUCUCUGUCAGAGGCCACCUCAGGAGCUAUUGGGGCUCUUGUGAGCACCACCAUCUUGUACCCUCUUGAUACCUGCAAGGCUAAGUACCAAGCUGAGAUUCGAGUUCACGGUCAGCAAAAAUACAGCUUCGAUGGCAAUUUCAAAGUUGUGGAGAAAACAAAUUGUCAAUAUGUGCUAUAUGGCAAGCUUUCGGUUGUGAUGCUUGCCCGUGACCUCUAG